AUGGAAUCACAGUCUCAAGCUUUCCCCUGGGACCUGGGCGUCUUCGAUGCCCACUGCCACCCAACAGACACCAUGUCGUCCAUUGACGACAUUCCCACGAUGAAAGCCAGAACGCUCGCCAUUAUGGCCACUCGAGAACAAGAUCAACAUUUGGUCGCCGAAGUUGCCACUAGACUUGAUGACAUAGAUUUACUUGAUCACUCUGAUCCCAAGCAGUCCCGUCCGGAAAAAAAGAUCAUACCCUGUUUUGGUUGGCACCCUUGGGUCUCUCACUUAGUAUUUGACGAUACACAUGUCCCCGGGAAAACGCCAAUAGACAAAAUCGAACAUUACAAAGCAGUUUUAACCCCUCCUAUCCAGGAUGAACUUCUUCUCGCUGAACUUCCCUCCCCCCGCCCACUCUCUACUAUCCUUCAAGAAACUAGACAAUAUCUCACCCAAUUCCCUCACGCACUCGUCGGUGAGGUUGGUCUCGAUCGCUCAUUUCGUAUACCGAAUGCAUGGUUUUCGCAUGAACUAGAGAGUCGUGAUUUGUCUCGCACCCCUGGCUUUCGGGAGGGCAGGACACUAUCCCCUCAUCGUGUGCCGUUGAGUCACCAAAAGGCGAUUUUAAAGGCCCAGCUACGGUUAGCUGGUGAGCUACAGCGGCCUGUAUCUGUGCAUAGCGUUCAGGCACAUGGUGCAGUACUAGAAAUUUUGCGUGACCUCUGGAAAGGCUACGAGAUACCUGUCCUGUCUAAACGACAACGACACCGACGCGGCAGUGCUGUGAAUGCGCAUGGAGACGAAAGUGAGGAAGAAAUCGAUAGGAAUCAACACCCUACCUCUUCCGAGCCCUAUCCGUUCCCGCCAAGAGUAUGCAUGCAUUCAUAUUCCGGCCCGGCAGAUCCAUUAAAGCUUUUUUUGCACCCUUCCAAUCCGGCAGACGUGUAUUUUUCCUUUUCCAGCACAAUCAAUUUUCCCAAUGGAUCGGUAAGUAAAGCUGUAGAGGUUAUGAAAGCUGUUCCUGAUGAUAGGAUCUUGGUGGAGAGCGAUUUGCACAUAGCUGGAGAAAAAAUGGACUACAUGUUGGAAGUGAUCGUACGGACCAUUUGCGAUGUUCGGUCUUGGAAACUAGAAGAUGGAAUUAAAAGGCUAGGCAACAAUUGGAAGAGGUUCAUCCAUGGCUGA